UUGCGUUUCGUAUCUGAAGUAGAAAAGCCACGAACCAAAGAAACUCAAAUUGUCUAGUAUCCAUCUUGGGCGAGUGUGCAUCGGAUUUUCCUUUUUUUCCACCUGCUUUUCUUUAGUUAGGGCGACACAUAACGACAUAAAAUGUUUCCAGAUUUAAUGGCCCUGAAGGGCCUUUUUAAAAUUGAUCCCAUUAAAACCGAUAACAAUAUAUUUCGUUGCCACUACAAGUUGACGGUGAUUUUUUUAGCUGUGUCGGCGACGUUGGUUUCCUUGAAUCAAUACGUCGGUGAUCCUAUCGAUUGCUUCAUCAACGCCGAAAAGAGUCCGUUUCCCAACAAAGUUCUCGACAACUACUGCUGGAUCCAUUCUACUCAUACCUUACCGAAUCAGCCGGGCAUCAAGGCGGACGGAUCCAUGGCCAUUCCCGGUCUUGGCACCCCAAAAGAAGGUGAAGAAAUGAGAUACCACAAGUACUACCAAUGGGUUGGAUUCUUCCUCAUGUUCCAGGCCAUCACCUUCUAUUUGCCUCGCUUCAUCUGGAAAUUCUGGGAAGCCGGAAGGAUGAAGACCUUGGUGGAAGAUUUGAGCUCUUCCGUCAUGCCGUCAGAAGUUGAAAAAGCUGCCAAACAAAACCUAGUCGAAUAUCUUUUAGUCAAUGUGAAUCAGCACCAAAUAUACGCCUUCAUCUUCUUCGGCUGCGAAGUGCUCAACGCCAUCAACAUCGUCGGUGAGAUAUUCUUGGUGGACACGUUCCUCGGUGGCGAGUUCACUGAAUACGGCGGAAAUGUUCUCUCCCAAACCGGAAUGGAUCCGGAAGAUCGUGUCGAUCCAAUGUCAUACGUAUUUCCCAAAGUGACCAAAUGCUUGUUCAAGAUGUACGGCCCGUCUGGAACCGUCCAACGCUUUGACGCCUAUUGCGUUCUACCCGUCAACAUUCUGAACGAAAAACUGUUCAUUUUCCUUUGGUUUUGGUACGUCAUUCUCGCCGUUGUGACCGGCAUCGGCCUAUUGUACCGAAUCUUCACUCUGGUUUUGCCCAAACUUCGAAUGUUCCUCCUGCGGAGACGAACCGGACGUGAUUUAAAUGUCCGCCAAGUCGAAACCGUCUUCCGUCGAUGUCAGAUCGGCGAUUGGUUUGUCCUGAUGCUCGUUAGUAGCAAUGUCAACCAGUGGAUCUUCCAGGAAGUGAUAGACGAACUUGCUGAAAAGUUCAAAGGCAAAGACAUUGCUACGCGUUUCAUUUUAAAUAAAAAAAUGUUAGGGGAAAUAAGUGCAUUAAAGGGGAUAUUAAAGGUUGAUCCCGUCAAGGUAGAUGGUAAUAUUUUUCGUUGUCAUUACAAGUUGACGGUGAUUUUUCUUGCGCUUUCUGCUACGCUCAUCUCGUUGAAACAAUACGUUGGAGAUCCUAUCGAUUGCAUCAUCAACGCUGAGAAGAGUCCUGUUGAAAGUGGUGUGCUGGACCAAUACUGCUGGAUUCAUUCUACUCACACUCUGCCGAACGAGCCGGGCAUGAAAGCGAAUGGAUCGAGACCGAUUCCUGGUCUUGGUACCCCGAAGGAAGGCGAGCAGAUGAUUUACCACAAGUAUUACCAGUGGGUUGGAUUCUUCCUCAUCUUCCAGGCCAUCACGUUUGUCUUACCUCGGCUCGCCUGGAAAUUCAUGGAAAGUGGGCGGAUGCGGUCGCUAUUGGAAGAUUUGCAAUUUUCUCCAGUGGAGACGCCAGUGCAGAAAAAUGCUAAAGUUAACCUCGUCGACUACUUAUUCACUAAUGUGGGCCAACACCAAGUUUACGCUUCCAGUUACUUUGUCUGCGAAGUCCUGAACGCCAUCAACAUCCUCUGUCAGAUUUUCUUGGUGGACGCGUUCCUCGGUGGUGAAUUCCUCGAAUAUGGCGGAAACGUAGUGGCUGCAUCUGUAAUGGAUCCUGAGGAUCGCACCGAUCCCAUGUCUUACGUAUUUCCCAAAUUAACCAAAUGUUUGUUCAAGAUGUACGGACCUUCUGGUACCAUACAGCAGUACGACGCCUUAUGUAUUUUACCUGUGAACAUUCUGAACGAAAAGGUCUUCAUUUUUCUCUGGUUCUGGUACGUCAUUCUGGCCAUUCUGACCGGCAUCGACCUUGUGGUUCGAGGCAUCACUUUGCUUUUCCCCCGAGUUCGACUCUUUUUCUUGAAGAGACAAGCUGGACGCAAUAUUGAUUUCGAUCACGUCGAAACUGUUUUCCGACGAUGUCAGAUUGGCGACUGGUUUGUCCUGAUGCUCAUCAGUAGCAACAUUAACCAGUGGACUUUUCAAGAGAUUUUACGAGGACUUGCCCUAAAGUUCAGAGGCAAAGACAUUUAAAUAAGACAGGAGAUCAAAUUCAAAUUAUUCUCAGAUAUUUCUGCGUUCUGUGUGAUCACGAUUUAUUUUUUAAAUUUUUGGCAGCUUUAAUUAUUGCGCAAUUUUUCGCUAUUUCAAAUUCAACAGGGGAAAACUGGUGUUGGCUAAUGAAUCAUUGUGUCGCAACAUGCACUAUUGCACUCAUGUGAUCAUGUCAUCUUUACGCAUUCUAUUGUUUCACAACAUUUCGUUUUCUAGUUUUACUUAGCUCCUUCGCUUCAAGAAAUAAACUUAUUUCUCUAUUAUUAA